GUUAGUUCAGGACUGUGGACGCGGACCGUGGUUGUUCUGGAAGCGGGAUUUGGAGCCGUGCACGCUGGGCAGGUGUGACCGGAGCCGGGGGUUGAAGAUGGAGACUCGGGCUGAGAAGGCGAACAAGGCGGCGGAGUGUCUGACCGAGCUGAACCGGAUCAUCGAGGCUCAGCGCGGCCAGCUGGAGCGCCAGAGGUCCCGGAUAGAGGAGCUGCAGCUCCAGGUGGCCGAGCUGCGCCACCGUAACGCCCGGCUGCAGGAGGAGUAUCAGCGGCAUCUGCUCACCUGCAACUCCGCUUCGGUCAGCCUCACUGCGCUGGGAGCCAUCCAGGAGAAAUCUGAAUACGGCGGCUUCAGGAUUAUCGGGAGACACGCCUCACUUCCUGUGGAAGCCUCACAGAACUCCAGCGGCGCUGUGUCGCCCGCCUGCAGAAGGAUUUUACCCGGUCGCCAGUGGAAAUCCGCCUCUUUCAGUGUGGAGGGGGAAGUUCAGAGCAGUGAGCCGUCGCUGGACCGCGGCAGAGGCUACGGCGCCCUGACCCACAGCUCCUCCGUCAGCCAGGACCAUUUCGAUGGCCUAGGGUACGGGCAGAGCGCCCAGUCCGGUCCGCAGCGCCCGCGCAGGCCGAAGCUCCAGCACUCCCAGUCCAUUCUGCGCAAGCAAGCCGAGGAGGAGGCCAUCAAGCGGUCGCGCUCGCUGUCCGAGGGCUAUGAGCUCUCCACCGACCUCCAGGACAAGCAGGUGGAGAUGCUAGAGAGGAAGUACGGCGGGAGGUUUAUUAGCCGGCAUGCGGCCCGCACCAUUCAGACGGCGUUCCGGCAGUACCAGAUGAACAAGAACUUCGAGCGCCUCAGAAGCUCCAUGUCGGAGAACCGCAUGUCGCGGCGCAUCUUCCUGUCCAACAUGCGCAUGCAGUUUUCUUUAGAGACGCCCGACAAAGUCCCCGGCUCGUUUUUCGAUGCCAAGCAGCUGUCUCUGACCGAAGAGGAUUCGGUGGCGCUGACGGAACGCGAGGAUGUGCUUCCGGCGCACGUGGCUCCGCCCUCGGCGCCGAACAAUCUGAACGACACGAUCACGGAGCUGGAGGACACCUUCUCCAGGCAGGUGAAAUCGCUGGCAGAGUCCAUCGACGACGCCCUGAGCUGCUGCAGCCUGCAUGAGGAGGAGGACCGGCACCAGCUGGUCAAGGAAGCCCGAGACUACCUGCCUCUUCAGGUGAAGCCGGCGAACGGUUCUGACCAGCACAAGCUGGACGACAUGAUGGCUUCCUACAGCGACGUGACCCUCUUCAUCGACGAGGAGGACCUCUGCUCGUCCGUCAAGCUGGCGCAGGCAUCGGACGUGCCGUCGAGCGCCGGCCAGUCGGACCGGCAGGAAUACUGGUCCAUGAACGCCAAGGAGGACGCAGACGCCAGCUGCCGAAGCACCCCGUCGCUGGACGCUCAGGAGACGAGGCUUCGUGUCGACCACCUCCCGCUGCUGACCAUCGAACCGCCCAGCGACAGCUCGCUCGACGCCAGCGACCGCUCCGAAAUCGGCUCGGUCAAGACGCAGGACGCUCACGAGCGCACCGCGGCCGGACCUCAGGCCAGCCCCAAACACGUAGCGUGCGGUCUACCCCCCAGAGUGGCCUCCCUGUCCCGGGACGAGGACCCGGUCAGGCACCGGCACCGGCAGCUCGAGAGUCACCUGGUGAUCAACGGGAACCGGCAGAGCAGGUCGGAGUCGGACUUCUCCGACGGCGACAAUGACAGCGUGAACAGCACCACCAACUCCACCGACACCAUCAACUGCAGCUCGGAGUCGUCGCGGGACAGCGCGCGGGAGCAGACGCUCAGCAAACAGACCUACCACAAAGAGACGCGCAACAGCUGGGACUCGCCGGCGUUCAGCAACGACGUCAUCCGCAAACGCCACUACCGCAUCGGCCUCAACCUCUUCAACAAAAAGCCCGAGAAAGGCAUCCAGUACCUGACCGAGAGGGGGUUCGUGCCGGACACACCGGUGGGCGUGGCUCACUUCCUGCUUCAGAGGAAGGGUCUGAGUCGGCAGAUGAUCGGCGAGUUUCUGGGGAACCGGCAGAAACAGUUUAACAGAGAUGUUCUGGACUGUGUGGUGGACGAGAUGGACUUCUCAGGGACGGAGCUGGACGAAGCGCUCAGGAAGUUCCAGGCGCACAUCAGGGUGCAGGGCGAGGCCCAGAAGGUCGAGCGCCUCAUCGAGGCUUUCAGCCAGCGCUACUGCAUCUGUAACCCAGGGGUGGUGCGCCAGUUCCGCAACCCCGACACCAUCUUCAUCCUGGCUUUCGCCAUCAUCCUCCUAAACACGGACAUGUACAGUCCCAACGUCAAACCCGAGCGCAAGAUGAAGCUGGAGGACUUCGUGAAGAACCUCAGAGGGGUGGACGAUGGUGAGGACAUUCCUCGUGAGAUGCUGAUUGGCAUUUACGAGCGCAUUCAACAGAAGGAGCUGAAGACCAACGAAGAUCACGUUUCUCAGGUUCAGAAGGUGGAGAAGCUCAUCGUGGGGAAGAAACCAAUGGGGUCUCUUCAUCAUGGUUUGGGAUGUGUCUUAUCUCUACCCCACCGGCGGCUGGUUUGUUAUUGUCGGCUGUUUGAAGUUCCCGACCCCAAUAAGCUACAGAAGUUGGGUUUACACCAGCGGGAGAUUUUCCUCUUCAACGAUCUGCUGGUGGUCACCAAAAUUUUCCAGAAGAAGAAGAACUCGGUGACGUACAGCCUCAGACAGUCGUUCUCUCUGUGUGGGAUGCAGGUUCUGCUGUUCGAGAACCAGCAUUAUCCCAACGGUAUACGGCUCACGUCAGCCAUCCCGGGCGCCGACAUCAAGGUCCUCAUCAUCUUUAACGCCCCAAACCCUCAGGAUCGCAAGAAGUUCACAGACGACCUGCGGGAAUCCAUCGCUGAGGUCCAGGAAAUGGAGAAGUACCGGAUAGAGUCCGAGCUGGAGAAGCAGAAGGGCGUGGUGAGACCCAGCAUGUCCCAGAGCAUGUCGGGACUGAAGAAGGAGGCGGGCAACGGCACCAUGAGCCGCGCCAGCCUGGACGACACCUACGCCAUGGGGGAGGGGCUGAAGAGGAGCGCCCUCAGUAGCUCGCUCCAGGACCUGUCUGAAACAGGCAAGCGCGGGCGGCGCACCAGCGCAGGAUCGCUAGACAGCAAUAUGGAAGGCUCCAUCAUUAGCAGUCCACCUCAGCUGCGCCGGGGAGCGCCGUCCACCCGCGAGUGCCCGACCCGCCCUCACCUCGCCGGCGCCAAUCCCCCGUCCACCCUGCUGGGAUCGCUCUUCGGCGGCAAGCGAGGAAAACCCCCUCCACACCCUCCCCUCCCUCCACCGGCCUCGCACCACACCGGCCAUCCCACCCUCAUCUCGCACAGGCCCCAUCCCACCAACCUGCACCACACAGCGCAGAGCCAGCUGGAGGCUCAGGGCCUCGGGCACCGCGUCCCGCAGUGUCCCGCGCCGCUCCCGCAGAACCCUCCGCCCUACCGGCACCAUCACCACUACGAGCCGCCUCCGGCCGGACUCCGCUUCCAUCGGCAGCACACGGGAAACGCCGGUCCGCCCCACCAGCGCGCCCAGCUCGCACAUCAUUACCACCACCGGCAUCAGCAGUACCAUCAUCAGCGGCACCAGCGAGAGCCGACGCCGUCGUGCCCGGUCGGCGCCAAACCCAAGCAGUGCGGCAUCAGCACGGUGGUGUGAGACGGCGUGAGUGGACCUUGGUGGAAGCACAUGUCGCACACAUGAACCUUCAGGAUUUUUAAAAAGAAGGGAAGCAAAGCUCGCGUCUAAAGCUGCAUAUUUUGGUCUGGAGCUUCCAGCUGGACGGGUUCGGUGGACCAAAUGGGCCAAAUGGGUGGUGUAAAAUAUAAACAAUGUUCUAAUCCAUCAGUACCAUCAAGCCCCCUAAACAGAAGCUCUUUUACCCCUAAAAUGCCCGGCCACGAUUCCCCCGAGUUAAGGGACAAAGGCGAUGAUCGACGAGCCUCAUGUUUCCCUCACGUUAACGCAUCGUAAAGACGUUUUAUUUUUAUUUCGUUUCAACGCUCUGCCUCUCUGUAUAUCUCCAAAAUGCUAUUUUUAUUUGAUCAGAAGUGUGUUGCUCGUUGUAGAAUGUCUCGUUUAUUAGGAACCCGAACGCAAACUCUGGGAGAUUAGCGGAACUAGAGAGACGCCGAGCUUCCGUCUGGCGCUAAACCUGCUUUAAACUGCGGCGGCGGGUGUGCGGCACGGCUGAUACCCGUGUACCGUGUUCGAAUGUCAGCUCUGCGUCCUCAUAGAUGCUGCAGUUAUGACCUCUGCUGGCUGAUCGAUGGUACUGCACUUCAGUAAAUGGCGUGCAGUUAAACGUUUCCACAGGGGACGUCUGUACGGAUAUUAAGCACUGAAACAACGUCUGACGCAUUAAAGCAACCCAGCCGCUCGAGUAUCAGCCACGCGUGUAUCAUCGAGUGUAGCGCCAGCCGGACCCCCGGCGGUAGUCAUCCUAACUCUGUAUUUACUGAUAACAGCGUCUCACCUCGUCCUACCCGGCGCCCGUGUAUAAACGUGCCAAUAAUCAUGACAUAUCUACUCAGCGCUCUGUAUAUCGUACCGCGUGUGUAUUUAGUAUUUAGUAGCGUAACUGCAUCCUGUACGAUGUUGAUGACUAUAUACUGUACAAACCAACAUAUUCAGAGGGAUUUUAUAUGAAAUAUACGGUUAAAUAGACGUCAGAUCAAAGGCUAAUAAUACGGGAGCGGGUGUGGUGAGGUUAGACGUACUAUACAGGAAGCUAUUUUGGAACUUUAGAUGCCUUUGCAAUAUUACAAAAAGCAAUUUUUUGGAAAGCCGAAGCAGCAUCACUGUACUGAAAAAUAAAAUAUAAAGCUAUAUAGUUUAGUACACUAGCACUAGCUACGCUCUUGGGGAAACGUGUCCGGGGCUGUAAACGGUGUCCUGGCUCGUCCCUCUAGGGCAGCUGGGUUUAUGACCCGAUAAAUACUGCUACUCUAGGAAGGCUGUAGAGGUUUGGCGUAGGGAUGGGCAUCAUGCUGGCCCGUUAGUACUGACAUCUCAUACAAGCAAGUUCGGAUCUCGGCUCUGCUACGCUGACACUGAUCGGCUCGUCUGAGGGAAGGAGGGCUGAAGGAAUUACUCAUAACUGCUGCAAUUACGACCUCUGGUGGCUGAUCGAUGGCGCUACACCAUGCAGAUAUCCUUAUAAUCACACGGUCGGCUACUGCUCAUGUGUAUUAAUUACGACUCUCCUCGGUCAGGACUGGAGGUCUGCAGCAGUCGAGGUGAAAUACAGCCGGGCAGUUGGGAGGAUUUAAAAUAUUGGAAGCAAUAAAACAAGAAAAAAUAGCCGUAACUUCUGCACAUGCUUUGUUUUAUUAUUAUUGUUAUUAUUCCAGUAUGUUAAAUUCAGCAAAUUAACAGUAUUAAGAAAGUAUAAUAUUUUAAGGGUGUGUAAAGGUGUGCAUUAGACUGUAUGUAGUAAGUAUAAGUGCUGUACUGUAUAAGUAAUUACUUAUGUGAGUGGUUUUUAUGAGGUACUGACAAAUCCACCUCCCAAUGGCUAGUCUGUUUGGCCAUCAUCGCUCCCUCAGUCACGGCCAAUCAGCGCCGCCGAGAUUCGAACCCCAAACCACUGCAUCACCUGAUUGCUCAUGUAAACACGUCAGCCUGAGUGAAAAGGUCAGAUCUGCAUCGCGCAUGAUCAGGACAUCAGGAUGCGUUAAGUGAAACGCUACAGCGACGUCGUACGAAGACAAAACACAUCCCGAAAAUGUGUCCGAAUGUUUAUAUCUUUAUCUAAAUAAUAAUAAUAACAUAAAAAACAACCCUGAGGGACGUUUUUCCAAGAGCGUGGCUAGUUAGAGGUUAUAUAUUGUACAGAAGUGCACGCUGGGUCGUCGGAAACGUGCACUUUUUCUAGCAUCCGAUAGAUUUUAACGUGUCUCCCACACACUGAGCACUUGCUGAUCUUUUCCUUCAAGUUUUCUUUCCAAAGAUUAGAAGAAAAAAUUAGAGAAAUUAAAGAAUUAAGAACAGAAAGUAUUUUGUUAAUAUGAAGUACGUGUGUCUGUCGAAACGAUGCAAUCCUACAAGUUAGCAUAGAAUUAGCAUAGAGCUAGCUAAAGAUAACGUUUAAAAUGAACGUUUAUGCACAAAACUGACGCGGGCCAGUGACUGAAUAACAGAUUCUUUUCUCUCAGACUGUACGUGCAAUAUGUUUAUGUGUUUAUGAUCGUUUCCCGUCACGUCUGUGGUGGCUCACGGACCGACGAACCACUGGCUGAGAAUUCAGCGGAAUGUCAGGCGUGUAAUACUGUGUGUGUGUGUGUGUGUGUGUGUGUGUGUGUGUGUCCUGUCGUUUGUCCUGUGAUGUUUGUUUUCCGAUAUAAAUCAGUGUUAUUUUGGCAGUCGAGUGCAAUUGUACAGAGAUCUUGUUCAUAUCAGCCACACCGGGCCGCUCUGGUUUCCUCCAACAGAUUCAGGUUAAUAAAUAAAUAAUAAUAAUAAAAUGAUCAUUCUAACAGA